UUAAAAAUUUAACUUUUUAACAGUACUAUGAAUAAAAAAAAUGUAUUUAUUAUUAUUUAUUUAUUUAUAAAUUGAAAGUAAAAAAAAAAAACGUGAUACAAAAAAACAGUAAAAUAACCCAAACUAAUAAUGGUUAAAUUGAUAUGAGCUAGUGAUGAAUACUAAAUGUCAAAUUAAUGCUACAACAACAACUUUGGAAGAAAGUGCUUUCUUUUUAUUUUUAAUGGAGAUUUGAAUCACAUAUGAUCAAAAAUGUUUAAUAGUUCUGAUGGUCAUAAAGCUACAGUAGGCCUGGCCCUUGGCUUCAUGGCGCCCUAGGCGAAAAAAUAAUUUUACGCCCCUCAUAGAGUUUGACAUUGCCGGACAUUUCCAAGCAAUUUUAUAUAAGUGAAACAGACAAAACCGCGCUUUGAGCCGCUGUUUCCUCCUCUUUCUGUUUUCAUCCUUAAAGUUUUAAAUCACGAACAGUAGCAAACCCGCCCUCCUUCCCCGAACCCAGACAGCAGUAGCACAGGAAGGGAGGGGUGCUGCACUGCAGAGUUACAGAUGACAUCAAACUUUUGAGUUGUUUUAUUUACUUUUAUUUUUUUACAUUAAAUGAGUGGUAAGUCAGACUGUUUAACAACCAAAAAAACAAAACAAAAUUAAUAUAUAAUCACUGGAUCACUGGCACCCCCCUCCACCAGAUGGUGCCCUAGGCAGCCGCCUACGUCGCCUAUGCCCAGGUCCAACCCUGAGCUACAGUCACCAAACUUUCUUACAUGACUAAUUGUCACCUGUUUUUACUGGUAAAUAUUAAACUUUUUUUCUGGUUGAGAGUAGGGCUGGAAAUCACUGGGUACCUCACGAUACGAUACGCGAUACAUGGCUCACGAUAUCGAUAAUAUCGCGAUACUGCUAUAAUUGGUAAAAAUCCUCUCUAAUAACUAGCAUUAUAUAGAAGAACAUGUUUUUUGGGGAAAAUAUAUCCACAUUUAGCUUUUUUAGCUUAAACACAAUCAGAAUAAACAACUGUUCUUACAAUGGACCAUCUCUGAUCACAUCUAAAAACUUCAGUUCAGAUCUGUCCUUAAACAUAAAAAAAAAAAAAAAACAACUGCUGUAACAGAGUUGGUUUUAUGACCACGUGUUUGUUCCUGCAGAUCCCAUUCAGCUUCCUGUUAGCAAGGAGGAGGAGCUUCUUCACCAGCCGCAUCUCUCCGAUGAAGAAGCUCAGUCGAGAUCAGGAAGACACGGAGCCUCCCCAGACGAAAGGCGAGCAGGAACAUCUCUGCGCAGCAGAAGAAGGAGGUCAGGUGGUGCUGAAGCAGGAGGAUGACGCCUUCAUGGUGACUGUCUCCUUUGAGGACAGCAGCAUCACUGAACUCGAACCAGCCGCUGAGCAGCUGUUCUCAGAGAACCACGAUCCUCCAGGAGCCAAGUUUGACGUGUUUGGAUCGACUUCAGCUGCAGUUGUGAGGAGACAGAACAGAAUCAUUUGUCAGGACGUCCACAUGGAGAACUUUUCCCUAUCGGAGACUCAAAGUAGAAUUGGCAUUGAUGAGAUCUCUGCUUUAAGGAGUCCGAGCAGGAUCCUCUCAUCACCCACAAUGACAAACCCUGGAAAAAAACCAUCAGCCAACUGUGACGUGUGUGGGAGGAGCUUCAGUAAGCCGUAUGCGCUCACCGUCCACAUGAGGACACACACGGGCGAAAAGCCGUAUUCCUGCAAAACAUGCCUGAAAGAGUUCAGGCAGAAAAGCGUCAUGCUGUCUCACAUGAGGACUCACACCGGCGAGAAGCCGUACUCGUGUAGGAUCUGUGGUCAGAGGUUCAGGCAGAACGGCGCUCUGCAGCGCCACGUUCGGAUCCACACGGGCGAGAAGCCUUAUUCCUGUGACAUCUGCAAAAAAAGGUUUCGAGAAAGCGGAAAGCUGCUGACUCACAUGAGGUCUCACACAGGCGAAAAGCCUUUUUGCUGUGACAGCUGUGGAAAAAGAUUUAGCGGACGCUAUUACUUAAAACGCCACAUGAAAACACACACAAAUACAAAGCCCUGCAUCAUGAACGCAUGUGCAUCAAGCCAAAUAUGAAAUCACACUUAAUGGUGAAACACAGGAGGUUCAGCGACUUCAGCUGAACCCCCAAUACUCUAAAGUGCCCAGAGGUCACAGAGGUCAGAGGUCUCAGAACAAGAUUCCAAGCUGCUCCUCUUAAGGAAGAACCCAAAAACAUCUGACGCUAUAUUCACAGGUGACGUGUGUUGUUGAACUCCCAUUUAGCCCAAGGUUUUCAAACUGGACUGUUGCUACCCGAUACUAGCACCUGUCCGCCACCUACAGUAGGAAGAGACUUGGUGUAAAAUGUCAAAGUGGUGUAAAUCUUGCUCCAGGCUUUUUUUAUUACAGUUCUAUUUCGAUAUAUGGUAUGUAAUUCCAGCCGAAUGCAAAUGGCAAAUAUUAUUUUGUUCUUCAUGAUUAAUUCUCAAAUGAUUGGCACUUUCAUUAAAUAAAAAGGAUGCUGCUCAGUCUUCACUACAGAAUACAAGUCCCUGAAUGGUCAAGGUUCAACCUGUUUGGUUUGUACAUGGAGCCCGAAAGCAACACAUAGGCAGGCAGGACGGGAACCAAACCUGGAAAGUUCCAAUCAAAUGUCAACCGCUCUGCAUCACAGCCACCAAAACUUUGCAGAUGUCCCAGGUUUUUGCUAUUCUGCAGACCACAUUCCUACUGCAGGAUGUUGCAAUCUUAAGGCGUCCUGAUGACCCCACCCUUAGAUUGAUAUGUGAUCCCUCCCAUAACAAAGAUGGAAAAAGGUGGACAGGAUUUUAUGUCUGCCGGAGACAUUAGUAAAGGCAAAAAAUCUUUGAGAAAAAAAAGUUCAGUAGACUGUCUUGUGGGGUCCAGAUAAUCUCACUUUUACUGUAAACAUGCCUAGAAUAUCCUUUUAAAUCCUAUUAAAAGAUCCAAACCAAUCAAUGCCUCAUUUAAUGACCACAAUACAGUCUUAUUCCAAUAUUUUCGUAUAUAAAAUUAACUGGAACAAAUCUGAUGCAAUGCCUAUUUGUGAUACCAGGACUGGUAUGGACUGGACUGAUGACAAAUUUUGGCUUAAAAUGGAUUCUAAAGGGGAGGAAGUACUUGGGUAUUAAAUUGAGCAGAGAAGUGGAGUAAAUUCCAGUAUUAAACUUUAAGCCAACAUUACAGAAAAUCCAAACUAAUUUUAAAAAAUCGGAAAAAACUUAAGCUUUGUGGUAAAGUAAAUGUAAUCAAAGCGAUGAUCUCACCACAGUUUAAUUAUCUUUUGAUGAUGCUGAUAUUGAGUCUAUAUUCACUCAAUAUGAUGUAUUAGUCAAACAAUUCAUUUGGAGGGAAAAUAGGCUAGAACUAAACUUGCCAAGUUUGUUCACCUCUGUAUAAAUGGGGAUUAGGUUUACCUGACCCCAGGUUAUAUGUCUCUUAUGAGAUGUCAAAGACUGCCUGACAUUGGAUGGGACAAGACCAACCGGAUUGGGUCAUGAUUGAAAAAUUGUUAUCCCACCCAUUUAUACCUAUUGAAUACCUCUCUCAGUCUUCAGAUAAACUACACAUUCCUAUCAUGCUGCAUUCUAAGGAAACCUGGAUAAAAAUACAUAAGUUGUUUAAACUGUCACACUAUAAACAACCAUAUUCAUCUAUUUGGAAAAAUCCAGCAAUUUGUAUUGGAAAGACAACAGUGUAUUAGAAAAGCUGGUACAAUCCUAAAAUAUGCACAGUGAGUAACCUUUAUGAGAAUGAUGUGUUCAUGUCUUAUAAUGAUUUAAUUCAUAAAUAUGAUUUGUGAGGAAAUACAGAUUUUUGGAAAUAUCUACAGAUAAGGAAUUGUAUUAAAUUACUACCCCAGCAUUUACGAGACAACCUAAUCCAUUACUUUUUGGUUCUACCAUCUCAACAUAGCGCCUCGGUUUUUUAUAGAAGAAUGAAUUAUGCACUUUGCGAUGACUGUAAUGCACUGAACUUUAGGGGAAAAGAUUACUGGUGUCGUGUUAAAAAAUGAAGAAUGGUUGAAACUAUUGUCUGAGAAUGGAAAAUUUGUAAGGGAAUGUAAAGGUCAACUUACACAAUAUAAAAUAUUACAGAGGUGUUAUUGGACUCCAGUAAAAUUACAUCAAAUAGGUCUCAUGAACAACUCACUAUGUUGGAAAUAUCAAAAAAAGGCUAGAACCUUUAAACACUGUCUAUGGGAAUGCUCAUUUGUUGAAUGUUUUUGGUUAACGGUAUUAGACAUUCUCAGUGAUUGAUUGGGAAAAAUUGUACCAUGCAGUCCGAGUUUAUGUUUAUUAGGAGACAGAGGUAAGAUGACCGGUGUACCAGAUGGGACAUUUUCAGUUCUGAUGGUUGGGGUCUCAGUGGCAGCCAGGGUUAUUCUCAGACACUGGAAAACCCCACAAAUUUCACAAAUCAAAGUAUGGAUAAAUAUGAUGACUAAAAUGGCAUCGUAUGAAUGCAUGUUAAACAAAUAAAAAAACGGAGACGCCACCACACUGUUAAUUUGGGAUACUUUUUGGUCCCAUUUCACUGUACAUGAUCAGCAAAGUGAAUGAUUCCAACAUUACAUUUGCCAUUUAUUUCUAACUGGUCAUGCAUAUGAUAUCAAAUUAACAACUUUGCUUGUUUUUGCUUUUAUAUAUUAUUUUGAUCAACAAUGGUACCCUGUCUUGCUUUGUUCUAUUUUGCUCUGCCCUUUUUUUUUUUUAACCUUUUUUUUUCUUUUUCAUUUCAGGAAGUUGACCUAUGAAAUGCUACAUAUAUUACCUGUGUAAUGUUAUUUGAUGUUAAAACUCAAUAAAAACUUGAGUUGGAAACAAAACAGGCCUAGAAUAGCACAAGGUUUACAACAUGCAAUUCUGUGGAGAAUCAGACUCUUUACUUCCCUCUGCAUUAUUUGUGGUUUGUUCAUUGUAAAUUUCCCACACUAUUUUCUAUAAUAAAAAAGUAUUUUACUUGUUAACUUUGGUAACUGAAAAAAGUCACAUAACUACUUACCUGUCUUCCCACAGUGUUUCAUUAGCAGCUGUAACCACAGAGACUCUGAUCAAACAGGAAUGAACAGAAUCCAUCUGAUAUGAAGCUGUGCUUUGAAAACCACUUCCCUCCUCUUUGAAGAGUAGUCCAUAUCUGUCUUCAGGUUUUUGUACAGCCUCUUCUACACUUUGGAUCACUGUGGUGUGUCUAAUGCACAGUAGUAGAGAGCUGUGUCUGCCAGAGUUAACUCUGUGAUGAUCAGUUCAGUUGAUGUUUCCAACGUUUUGCAUUGAUACUUGUGAGGAUCUGGUAUAUUUUCAGACGUUUCCCACCGUGCUCCUUUCCAGAGAAUGAACUGAAGAGUUUGAUGGUCAGAUUUAUGUUUGUACCAGUAAAGGUAAA